ACCAUUUAUCCACAAAGUUAAGCCCUCGUUCUAUAUAUCCACAGAAAACUUUCAAAUAAUCUGGUUCUCCAUCGGUAGAAAGUUCGAAAUCUAUUUACCCCUAUAUCUGGUUAAUUGGGUUUACAACCAAAAUCGAAAACCAAACCACAGAGUUCUCUCGCCGUAACCGAAGUAAAAGCUCGACCAGAGUAAACCAGACCCAUCAAAGUCGGGUAAAAGCUUCUUCUUUCCAAAAAUUCCCAAAUCUUAAUUUUGUACGGCUAGGAACCCUAAAAUCACGAUUGAAAUCAAUCUUCCACCAUGAGCAAUCUAACCGGAGAUUCGACUGUUUCAUCAUCUCGGAGAGGAAGAGGUAGAGUCGUGGGAGUUCCGAGCCAAUGUUGGUGUGGGGUUGCAGUUGUAGAAAAGAUUUCGAAAUCAGACUUCAAUCCGUACCGGAGAUACUAUCGUUGUUCUUAUGCUGCAACACACAAGCUUGAAAAUGACAAUCACAUUUUUAAAUGGGUGGAUGAGGCUCUUCUAAAUGAGAUAGACAAAUUGGGUGCUCAAAUAAGGAAAAUCGAAGAAGCCAUGGAAAAGAUUGAACAUGGUAGAGAGGAAAUUGAGAAGAUGAUGUUUGAGAGUUUGAAAAUGAAGUUAGAGAACGAGAUUCUUGAGAGGGUUGAAGAUGCUUUGUUGGAAUCCAAGGCAAACACGAGGAACAUGAUGAUUUGUGGAGUCAUUGGAUGUGUGUUGAUGAUCGGUUUAGUGAAGCUACUAGGCUAGGACUCUUGUCUUAUGGUGUUCGGAUUGUGUCACUUAAUAUGUGUUUGUUUCUAUUAUGUUAAGUGUCACUAGACAUGAGCUGUGUUUCUUG